AACCGCGCGCGGCAGACGAGCGGUAGGGUGCACGCGCAACUCCGGGGGACUACCGAGGCAGUUCAAGUGGAAAUCGGAAUCUUCAUCCUCCUCCUUCAUCCUCGCCAUCGUCCUGUUGCUAAUCUCUUCGACUGCUUUUCUUGUUUGCUAGCCAAAAAAAACAAGACGAAGAAGAUGGCGGACAGCAAAGUGGAGAGCGGCAGCGAGUUGAGCGCCAAGGAGUUGAAGGAGAAGAAAACCGUGGAGGAAAAGAACGGCGACGACACCACCGCCAACGGAAAAACGGACGAGGAGAACGGGGAGCAGGACAACGAGGCGGAGGAUGACGACGAUGUAGGGGACGAGGAAGAAGAGGACGGCGAGGGUGAGGAAGAGGACGAAGAGGACGAUGACCUGGUCACACCCACAGGGAAGAGAACAGCUGAGGAUGACGAUGAUGAUGAUGAAGAUGACGAGGACGAAGUGGAGCGGAAGAAGCAGAAGACGGACAAGUAGACGACAACCACCGCGACGUCCAAACCUCAGUCCUCCAUUCCAAACAUCCGAAAGAGAAUUUGUUUGUAUUUUUAUUUACAUUUUAUAUUUUUGUAUAUAUUGUACGGAGGUCGGCCAUCUUGACGAGUAUCAAGCGGUGCUCCGAAGAAAUUUCAACACCCGGAAAACGUCAGCGUACGCAAGCAUCCUGUCACACACACACACACACGUUGUGCAGAAACACAUUCAAAAAUGCCCACGCGGGGCGAAGGAUGCGUUUAGGUACACCGGGGCGUUGCGGCACUUUGCCGCUGAUGUUUUUUCGUGCUAGUUUGUCGUAGAUGAGCAGGAUGUAGCGUCAUGUCCUAGUCAGAAUGUUUUCAUGUCCAUGUUACGUUGUUGGAAAAUAAAGUCAUUGGAUUUUGUCC